CUUGCAUAUUGACAAUACAUACUGAUACAGUGUGUACUAUUUUUGUUGAUGUUUUUUUUUAAACUGAAACAAAUAUACCGAAAUCGGAAAUAUAUAGGGUUUUCGUGGAUUUACGUGGAAGUAGGAAUAAAUCCGUAAAUAGCAACUUAUUUACCAUUUUGAAAGAGGCUAUGGAGCUCUUAGAGACCGAGAGAUAUUUGAGGCAGAUCUAGUAGUGAAUCGAUCUUCUCAUUUAAGAAUAAACAACCAGCGAGAACAAGACCCCAGUUAGUUGACUCGCAACAUGACGGAAGUGACAUUCUCAAUACAAUAUAAUACCCAGCCCGGCGAGUCUAUCGUCGUGACUGGGUCUAUCCCCGAAUUAGGCGAGUGGGAAGUGAACAAAGCGUUACGCCUGGACUAUCGUGACGGUGGACACUGGUUAGGUGCAGCAACGAUCUCUGGCGAUUUUGAGUACAAGUACGCAAUCGCAUACGAUUUCGGUACGGCUCUCACGUGCGAGUUUGGGGACAACCGCAAAUGUGCAUUAGCAGAUGGAUUAGCUAGAGCUGUGCUCCAAGAGAGCUGGCGCCCCCAUGAGGUCGACACAAAUGUACUGUACAGUUCAUUCUUUGUGGAUGGAGCAUUGCGUCCUGCCGAAGACCGUAUUGCUCCGGCAACAGGUAAAUAUGAAUCUGGACCCGUCGUUCGCAUUGUGAUGCGUUGCCCUCAGGUCGAGACCGGCGAUUCAGUAGCCGUCACUGGUUCGUGCGCGGCCCUUGGAGAUUGGGACGAGGCUAAAGCGCUGGUGCUCUCAAACGUAGACCAUCCCGUCUGGACUGGCGAAUUCAAUACGGAUGCGGGGCAAGAGAUCUCGUACAAGUUCAUCAUCAAGGGAAAAGACGGCAAGGUGCGAUGCUGGGAGGAGGGAGACAACCGGUCUCUGUUGGUGUCUAAAUCAUUCGGCAAAGGUGAUCUAUGGGUCAAAUCCGACGAGUUCUUCCGUUUCAAGGCCAACUGGCGUGGCUGUGGCGUAGCCAUGCCCGUGUUUGCACUGCGAACAAAAGAGAGCGCCGGAGUCGGUGAAUUCAACGAUAUUAAGAAGCUCGUGGAUUGGUCGGAUAAGGUGGGCUGUGCGCUUAUUCAGAUCUUACCGAUCAACGACACUGUCGCCAAGCAGAAGUGGACUGAUUCUUACCCUUACGCAGCCAUAUCUGUGUAUGCCCUGCAUCCCAUGUAUCUUAACAUGAAGAAGAUGGGCACCCUGCGUAGUGAAACAACACAGAAGGCCAUCAAUGAGAAAGCGAAGGAGCUGAACGCACUGCCUGAGGUUGACUAUGAGGCUGUAAUGAAGCUGAAGUCUCGUUUCUAUAAGCUGCUCUUCGAUGAAGUCAAGGAGGAGUUCUUCAAAGAUCCCGCCUACCAAGCAUGGUUUGAAAAAAACAAAGAGUGGCUUCUACCGUAUGCCAUGUUCUCAUAUUUCCGUGAUAUAUACCAGACCCCCGACUUCACCAAAUGGGGAGAUUUCUCAUCGCAGACUUUCGAGCAGCUAGAGGUGCUUGCAGACCCCAAAAAGGAUGACUACACGGAUAUCUCCGUACAUUACUUCAUCCAAUACCACUUGCACUUGCAGUUGCAAGAGGCUGCUGGCUAUGCUCGCUCUAAGAAUAUUUGUCUGAAGGGAGAUAUCCCUAUCGGCAUUUUCAGACACAGUGUAGAUGCAUGGAUGUAUCCUAAUCUAUUCAACAUGGAGAUGCAGGCCGGUGCUCCACCAGAUGAUUUCGCCGUCGAUGGGCAGAAUUGGGGUUUCCCUACCUACAAAUGGGAGGAGAUGGAGAAAGACGGUUUCCAGUGGUGGGUGAAGCGUCUGACGCAGAUGGCUGAGUACUUCGAUGCUUACCGUAUUGAUCAUGUACUUGGUUUCUUCCGUAUCUGGCAGAUCCCCAUGAACGCUGUGACGGGUCUUAUGGGCUACUUCAACCCCGCUAUUCCGAUCCACAUCGACGAGAUUCGCAGCCGAGGUAUACAUUUCGACUACGACAGGUAUUGCAAGCCAUAUAUUCGCGAGCACUUCCUGGGCGACAAGUUUGGUGAGUAUACCGAUUAUGUGAAGUCCGAAUUCCUUGAGCCCCAAGAUCAUGGGGUGUGGGUACUGAAGGAACAUGUGGACACACAACGAAAGGCAGCCAAUCUUUUGGCUCCUACCGAGACUAUGUCUAUGGCUGAUCGUGCCAGAAAUGAGAAGAUUAAGAGAGGUUUGUGGGCCCUGCACGCCGAGAUUCUAUUGAUUGAGGUACCAGGCAGUAAUAAGACUGAGUUCCACCCGCGUGUGCGUAUGAAUACAGGCUGCAAGAGCUUUGAAGAACUGGAUGGACACAGCAAAUCACAGCUGUACGAAUUGUAUUUAGACUACUUCUUCUCGCGGCAGGAAGAAUUCUGGGCGGAGAAAGCUCGUGUUAAGUUGCCCGCCAUCAAGAAUGCUACCAAUAUGUUGAUCUGUGCAGAGGAUUUGGGCAUGGUACCGGCGUGUGUGCCCGGUGUCAUGAAAAAACUUGAUAUGGUCCGCUUGGCCAUACAAAGAAUGCCUCCAGACACAACACAGAGCUUCUGGCAUCCCCAGGAUACGCCCUACCUGUGCGUAGCUUCUCCAUCUGGCCAUGACAUGUCCUCCAUUCGCGGCUGGUGGGAGGAAGACCGCGCUGUGACUCAGAAAUUCUGGGAAGAGAUUCUAGGUCACCACGGAUCAGCCCCUAGCAUGUGCGAACCGUUUGUGGUGUACGAAGUUGUUAAUCAACACUUGUGGGCUCCCUGUAUCCUGGCAAUCUUCCCUAUUCAGGAUAUCGUAGGAAUGAACGGCAAUCUUAGAAGAAACCCGCCUCAGGUUGAGCAAAUCAAUGUACCGGCGAACCCCGAACACUAUUGGCGUUAUCGAUUCCAUAUGAACAUGGAAGAUCUUAUUGAGGAAACUAGCUUCAACAACAGCUUCAAGAAAAUGAUUAUGGAUGCCGGCCGACGAUCCGCAUAUGGCACACACACUCAAUAACCGGGGUCUUUAACCCGAUUUUCAAACACGAAUAACUUUUGAUCCAACCAUACAAAUUCAAAAAGCAAAACGCCAAAGUCCUCGGCUGAUGGUGAGCUGUCCAAAAAUGCAAUAAAAAAAAGGAAUGGCAUAUUUGGACCCCUUGGGGUCUGGUCCGAGGUUCUGGCCCAUCUGGGUAUGGUAUACAAAGCCGGUUUUUACUAAUUCGACACACACAGCUUCUCCGGAACAAAAUUUGUAUAACAAUCACAAACAAAACCAUUUGCAUAUGUACAUAUCGUACGUGUGUGUUUGCACACACAAAUAAUAGAUACCAAAACUUAGUCACAAUUUGUUUAGAAUGGUUCAGACUAGAAAGCGCAAAUAUGUACAGACUACCUCCAAGUUGGGUGGCAGCAAGAAUAGACGCGGCGAAUGAGAUAGACUCAUAACGAACAAAACUCGAGGAUUUGUAACAAGAGCGCAUGUAUCGGAUGGCAGUAGCUAUGCGAGUGAUACAGAGAGCGAUGCAACACCGUGUAAAAAGAAGCAAAGUGGACGGUCACAAAGACAGUACGCUCGUGAGAAAACUGGGCGAUUUGGUGGCAAUGUUAAACAAGCUAACAAGGGCAGAGCAUCGAUGGAGAGUUUGAAUCGAAAACGUCCGAAAAUACUAGGUGUGUAUUCCCAAGUGUUCUGACCGUACGAAACGUAAAAAGCAGUUGAUUUUGAAGCGUGCAGCAGUUGGUACAGCCGGUUUGAGUUCAUUCGGCUUUGGACAGAAGUGCAUUGUUUGUGAAUAAACAAAAUGUGACUGUUCUGAGUUGGAUCGAGAAUCAGAGCGAAGGCGUCGUUUCAUUAACGAAUAUAUGUGCAUAUGCGAUAGUGCAAGCUAUCGUGAUUGUACUUGUAUGUGUGCUUGUUGGUUAACCGAGGACCAGAUAUGCACAUGUGUAAACGAGGGAGUGUUUGAAAUAAAUGCUUACCCUGCGUCUGUGUCAAGCAAUGCGUCGUGCGUUUCUGAUACAGAUGGAGAGUUACAACAUCCAGACGAAGAUUUGUUUGUCGAUAGUGAGGAAACAACUUCGAACAGUAGUCUCAACAAUCCUCUAGAUAACAUAAUAGAUGACCAGGAUUUUGAUGAGUUUGACGCAGCACUAGAGGCGUUAUUGGAGGAAGAGUUGGAUCGAAACACGAAGAACCACUCAAAAGUGUGGUCUUUAUCUAGUGACCAAGUAACUCUUAGGAUUAAUAUACUCAACCGUGAACUCAGAAAACAUUCACUUGCUAUCACACAGAGAGAUAGAAGUAUGGCUAUGAAAAUGUAUCUGAUAAGCUGUAGUCGUGCUAACUGUAGUUUCAAAAGAGGCGAUGAUCUGGAUGAGAGGAGUGCUCCACAGAAGUGGCACACUUACAUACUGAUAAAUUAACGGGUAGCAUAUAAACUGUAAAUAGGG